CGGGACCCCCUCCUCCCUCCCGCUCCCCGCGCUCUCGCCUUUUAAUCAUGCCCCUCUGUCUGUGUGUGAGUGCAGGCAGGCUGACAAUGAUUUCCUCAGUGAUUACGUACAGAGCGAGUCCCUGCGGGUUAGGGGCCCCCUCUGGAGCCAUCCUGAUGGCUUUGGGGGCCUUGCUUCCAUUUUCCAUUAUUAUGUGGACUACCGGAGCGACAGCGCAGUCCAAGACCUUGCAGGAUGUCUCGCCGCAAGCAAGCGAAACCGAGAUCCCUCAAAGACCCCAACUGUAAACUUGAAGACAAGAUUGAAGAUGGGGAGGCAGUAGACUGCAAGAAGAGGCCAGAAGACGGGGAGGAGUUGGAGGAGGACGCUGUGCAUAGCUGUGACAGCUGCCUCCAGGUGUUUGAGUCACUGAGCGACAUCACAGAGCACAAGAUCCAUCAGUGCCAGCUGACAGAUGGCGUUGACGUUGAGGACGACCCCAGCUGCUCUUGGCCAGCCUCCUCACCUUCCAGUAAGGACCAGACUUCCCCCAGCCAUGGAGAAGGCUGUGAUUUUGGAGAGGAAGAAGGUGGCCCUGGACUGCCUUACCCGUGCCAGUUCUGUGAUAAGUCCUUUAGCCGCCUCAGCUACCUAAAGCACCAUGAACAGAGCCACAGUGACAAGCUGCCCUUCAAGUGCACCUACUGCAGUCGGCUGUUCAAACACAAGCGGAGCCGUGACCGCCACAUAAAGCUCCACACUGGGGACAAGAAGUAUCACUGUAGCGAGUGCGACGCAGCCUUCUCCCGGAGCGAUCAUCUCAAGAUCCACUUAAAGACUCACACCUCCAACAAGCCAUAUAAAUGUGCCGUCUGCCGCAGAGGGUUCCUGUCCUCUAGCUCCUUGCACGGACAUAUGCAGGUUCAUGAGCGGAACAAGGACGGCUCCCAGUCUGGCUCCAGGAUGGAGGACUGGAAGAUGAAGGACACUCAGAAGUGCAGCCAGUGUGAGGAAGGCUUCGACUUCCCGGAAGACCUCCAGAAGCACAUUGCAGAAUGCCACCCCGAGUGCUCCCCUAAUGAGGACCGAGCAGCCCUCCAGUGCAUGUACUGCCACGAGCUGUUUGUGGAGGAGACCUCCCUCAUGAACCACAUAGAGCAGGUGCACGGGGGUGAGAAGAAGAACUCUUGCAGCAUCUGCUCAGAGAGCUUCCUCACGGUCGAGGAGCUGUACAGCCACAUGGACAGUCACCAGCAGCCAGAGUCCUGCAAUCACAGCAACAGCCCUUCCCUGGUCACUGUGGGUUACACCUCAGUGUCCAGCACGACUCCAGACUCCAACCUCUCAGUGGACAGCUCAACCAUGGUAGAGGCUGCACCGCCGAUUCCAAAGAGCCGCGGGAGGAAGCGAGCUGCUCAGCAGACCUCCGAUAUGACUGGCCCCUCUAGUAAGCAGGCGAAAGUCACCUACAGCUGUAUUUACUGCAACAAGCAGUUAUUUUCGAGUCUCGCGGUUCUGCAGAUUCACUUGAAAACUAUGCAUUUAGAUAAGCCUGAGCAGGCUCAUAUCUGUCAGUAUUGCUUGGAGGUCUUGCCCUCACUCUAUAACCUAAAUGAACAUCUUAAACAAGUGCACGAAGCUCAGGACCCCGGCCUGAUUGUUUCGGCCAUGCCUGCCAUUGUUUACCAGUGCAACUUCUGUUCUGAAGUUGUCAAUGACCUCAACACCCUUCAGGAGCACAUCCGAUGUUCUCACGGGUUUGCCAAUCCCGCGGCCAAGGACAGCAAUGCGUUCUUUUGUCCCCAUUGUUACAUGGGGUUUCUCACUGACUCUUCACUUGAAGAGCAUAUAAGACAGGUCCAUUGUGACCUCAGUGGCUCCCGGUUUGGGUCUCCUGUGCUUGGGACUCCAAAAGAACCGGUAGUUGAAGUCUACUCCUGUUCCUAUUGUACAAAUUCGCCAAUAUUCAACAGUGUUCUUAAACUGAAUAAGCAUAUUAAAGAGAAUCAUAAAAACAUUCCCUUGGCCCUGAAUUAUAUUCACAAUGGGAAGAAAUCCCGGGCCUUAAGCCCUUUGUCCCCUGUGGCUAUAGAACAGACAUCUCUUAAGAUGAUGCAGACUGUGGGAGGCGGCCCUGCCCGUGCCUCUGGAGAGUAUAUCUGUAAUCAGUGUGGUGCUAAGUACACGUCCCUAGACAGCUUUCAGACUCACCUCAAAACCCACUUGGACACCGUGCUGCCAAAACUGACCUGCCCUCAGUGUAACAAAGAAUUCCCCAACCAAGAGUCCUUGCUAAAGCACGUGACCAUCCACUUUAUGAUCACCUCAACCUACUACAUCUGUGAGAGCUGUGACAAGCAGUUCACCUCCGUGGAUGACCUCCAGAAGCACCUGCUGGACAUGCACACCUUCGUCUUCUUCCGCUGCACACUCUGCCAGGAAGUGUUUGACUCCAAGGUCUCUAUCCAGCUGCACUUGGCCGUGAAGCACAGUAACGAGAAGAAGGUGUACCGCUGCACGUCCUGCAACUGGGACUUCCGCAAUGAGACCGACCUGCAGCUGCACGUGAAGCACAACCACUUGGAGAACCAAGGCAAGGUGCACAAGUGCAUCUUCUGCGGCGAGUCGUUUGGCACUGAGGUGGAGCUGCAGUGCCACAUCACCACCCACAGCAAGAAGUACAACUGCAGGUUCUGCAGCAAGGCCUUCCAUGCCGUCAUCCUGCUGGAGAAGCACCUGCGGGAGAAACACUGUGUGUUUGAAACCAAGACCCCCAACUGUGGCACCAACGGGGCCUCGGAGCAAGUGCAGAAGGAGGAGGCUGAGCUGCAGACCUUGCUCACCAACAGCCAGGAGUCCCAUAACAGCCACGAUGGGAGUGAGGAGGACGUGGACAGCUCUGAACCCAUGUAUGGCUGCGACAUCUGUGGGGCGGCCUACACCAUGGAGACGUUGCUGCAGAACCACCAGCUCCGGGACCACAACAUCAGGCCCGGAGAAAGUGCCAUUGUGAAGAAGAAGGCGGAGCUCAUUAAAGGGAAUUACAAGUGUAACGUUUGCUCGAGAACCUUCUUCUCUGAAAAUGGGCUCCGUGAACACAUGCAGACCCACUUAGGCCCCGUCAAACACUACAUGUGCCCUAUCUGUGGAGAGCGCUUCCCUUCCCUGUUAACUCUCACGGAACACAAAGUCACACACAGCAAGAGCCUGGAUACUGGAAACUGUCGUAUUUGUAAGAUGCCCCUGCAGAGCGAAGAGGAGUUUUUGGAGCACUGCCAGAUGCACCCUGACCUGAGGAAUUCCCUGACUGGGUUUCGUUGUGUGGUGUGUAUGCAGACUGUGACCUCCACCUUAGAACUCAAAAUCCACGGGACCUUCCACAUGCAGAAGACGGGGAAUGGGUCCUCCGUGCAGACCACCGGGCGUGGCCAGCAUGUUCAGAAACUGUAUAAGUGUGCAUCUUGCCUCAAAGAGUUCCGUUCCAAGCAAGAUCUGGUGAAACUUGACAUUAACGGCCUGCCAUAUGGUCUGUGUGCCGGCUGUGUGAAUCUCAGUAAGAGCAGUAGCCCAGGCCUCAGUCUCCCUCCUGGUGCCAGCAGACCAGGCUUGGGCCAGAAUGAGAGUCUGAGCGCCAUGGAAGGAAAAGGCAAGGCAGGGGGACUGAAGACGCGCUGUUCAAGCUGCAAUGUCAAGUUUGAGUCUGAAAGCGAACUGCAAAACCACAUCCAGACGGUGCACCGGGAGCUCGUGCCAGACGCCAACAGCACACAGUUGAAAACGCCCCAAGUGUCACCCAUGCCCAGAAUCAGUCCCUCCCAGUCCGAUGAGAAGACCUACCAGUGUAUCAAGUGUCAGAUGGUUUUCUACAACGAGUGGGACAUCCAGGUUCAUGUGGCAAAUCACAUGAUUGAUGAAGGGCUGAACCAUGAGUGCAAACUCUGCAGCCAGACCUUUGACUCCCCUGCCAAACUUCAGUGUCACCUGAUAGAGCACAGCUUCGAAGGGAUGGGUGGUACCUUCAAAUGCCCCGUCUGUUUCACAGUGUUUGUUCAAGCUAACAAGUUGCAACAGCAUAUAUUCUCUGCCCAUGGACAAGAAGACAAGAUCUAUGACUGCACACAAUGCCCACAGAAGUUUUUCUUCCAAACAGAGCUACAGAAUCAUACGAUGACUCAGCACAGCAGUUAGUUCACGUAUGCACGGCCUCUCGAGGAGAAGGACUUUUGUGGCACAAAAAGGGAACAUGUUUUACUCUUUGCACGAAACUCCCAUUGUUAAUGUAUAUUCUUCAGAAGCAUUGUAUUGUAUCAUACAACGUGUACUAUCAAAACUGUUGGAUGUUCAUGUGUUGGAACUUUUGAGCACCAGAUAGACAGACUCCUUGUAUAUAAAGUGUUGCACAUGUAUUAUGUCGUCGAUGCUAAAAUGGUCUUAUAAAGACAAGUGGACUUGGGCCCUAUUCAGGCAAGAUUUUCAAAGUGAACAAAAUGGCUUAAGAGAAAAUGUUUUCAAGGAAGACAGAACUUAAAUGAACUGUUCUCAUGUGACUAUGGUUGGACUUCCUUUUAUGUACACUUAAGCCUAGAAUUUCUCUUUUGGUAUAUCAAUGGUUAAAACCCAAGACUAUUUUUUACUGCUGGAGAUUCUCGUGAACUAUGAAGAGACAUUCUCACAGAACAGAACCCCACAUCUGGAUACGGCCCAUAUAUAUAUUUGUAAGCCUUGCAGUGUGACAGGUAGCCUCACCAUAUAUGCAAUAGUUGUUAUGUAGACUGUCAAAGAUUUUUUUUCCUGGCUACAUUUGAAGCUUUGAGUGUUCAAGGUUUUCCUUAAUGAUUUCACACAGCCAAAUUCUUGAAUCAGUUGAACUAACCUGUAUGUUACUGCUCUCAAUGUUUACCCUGCAGUCUGAACCUGGAGAUUACUGGAAUUGUUUUCCAAGAGGAAAUAAAUUCAGUUUACCAUCAGCUAUGAGUGUAUUUGUGUGUUUUCCUUUUCUAGUUAGUCUUACCAUUAAGAAAGAAAGCAAGAAAAGGAAAUCUAAUUGCCUGCACCCUUGGCUAUGAAACCUGCUCCAGAGCUGAUCGCAGGCAUAGCCUCAAUCAUAUUUAACCUUAGCACACCAGGCCAAAUGCAGCUGGGAGGAGAUCCAUCAUGCGGCACGAGAAGAAAGCAGACCCAGUCUAUUUGAACUGUCUUAGAUCUACCAGGUCACAUUGUACUUGAAGAGUCUGACAUCACAGAUGGAUGUGAUGGCUGUUUUCUGCAUAAUUUGCAGCCCAAUUCACAUCAUGCUGUGCAGAUCUGAACUCGUGGUGGAUGGCUGCAAUUGGAGCGGCUGUUUGGCUUAUGUGUACUUAAGAAGCAGCGUCGUUCCAAAGACAAAGUGCAGAGCAUCAUCGAGUCAGAGGGCUGUUAGUUCUGCUUCUGCUGCCGACUCCCAGUGGAGCCUUCUCCAAAUGGCUUCAUCUCCUGGCCUGGGAUCACCCGACCAGGGAAGGUAAUGGAACUUGGUCAUCAGCCUUUCAACAGGGAGGAGAUGGCUCUCUGAGAUGCCUUCCGCAGCCUACCACAAAAUGCUGAAAAAGAGAAGCCCCUGAUUUCAGAGCUUUUUGUGCAAUUUUUUAAAGACGAGAAGGGUGGCAAUGUAUGCCCUGGACCUUGAUAGACGUCAUUAGUCUGAGUAUAAGUAUAAACUCCAUACUCACGGAGCGCAUCCAUGGCAUCGUGCUUAAACCGGUUAUCACACUCUGAGUCCUGUGACCUCUUUUAAACUUGGAAGAUCUCAAGCAAAUAGCAAUAAUCGCCACAGAACUUUGAGGUAAGAAAAAUGCAACCUGGACUGAUGGAUGUGUGACCCCUUGUCACCAAUGGACCAGCCUGUGACAGCCACAUCUCCAGCAUCACAACGCAGGGUCGCUGCCCCAUGGUUCUAAACCUUAAGCUCCUUGACAUUCCCUUGCAGGACUUGCUUGUUACAUCUUGGCGUGCUAGACACAAGUCCCUGGAGCCUCAAGCUUGGGCUCUUCUAAGAAUUUCUGGGUAAUGCUGGUUGCAGACCACACUUUGAAAACCACUACCCUACCUCAUUCACAAGUCAUGGAAUGAACCAAGUGUGAAUAACCAAGCACAUGAUAUUAUUUGUUGUGUUUUCAAUAAAAAAAUUUUU